CUUCAAUCAAUAUUUUGUCUCUCAGUACCCUUUACCUUCCACUUUCUCCUGAAUCGCGUAACACCGCCCAGAACCGCCUCGGUGAAUCACCACCACCAAACCCCUCUCUCUCCUCUUUCUUUCUCUCUCCAACAUAACCAGAGACAGACUAUGUCGGUCAUAGCUCAUAGAUUUUGUAUGAAUGACAACGCUGGGCCUAUCAUCAGCAGCUGAAUCGAGCAUGGACGACGACGGCGGCUGCUCCACCGCCCGCCGCCACAACCACCGCCUCCAAACUCUAAGCAGAACCAAAUCCUUUAACACCACCGUCACAACUACCACCGCCAAAGACGGCCACUUCCCCGGCGGCUUCUGUACGAACGGUGUCGACGAAGAAGAAGAAGCGGAAAACUUCGACGAAGGGGGCGCCGAGGUCUGGGGCACUUUCGCCGAGAGUUUUCGUCAAGUUCAGUCUAUUUUGGAUCGAAACCGUGUCUUGAUUCAGCAAGUUAACGAGAACCACCAGUCCAAGGUUCACGGUAAUAUGGUAAAAAAUGUUGCCCUAAUUCAAGAGAUUAACGGAAAUAUAUCGAAAGUUGUCUCGCUCUACUCGGAUCUUUCUACCAAUUUCUCCGGUUUGUUCCGUCAACGAAACCCUUCGGUUGAUCCAAAGAACAGUGACGCCAAAGAUGAUGAUGAUUCGCAGCCUCCAAUCAAUCGAAUCCAGUAAUUUCAAUCCCCUCUGUGUUUGUUUAUUUCAAUUGACCAUUUUGUUAGCUGUGAUGUCCUUAAUUGUGUCCUUGAAUAAAAUGAAGAUUAGGUGUUUGAAUUAAAUGUUGUAGUGAGUCUAUCUGAAUAAUUGUUCUUGGUGGUGUAAAUGAACUGUUGUGAUGCUUAUCAGUUGUGUUUGUUAUGCUUUGUGUUAUAUAAGAGGAUGACUGCAGCGCAGCUUAUCUUCCUUUUCAA